ACCAACUCCACCUCCCACUGUCCACCAAACACCCCCUCCACUCCAAGAAUGUCGAUCUCUCGCCUUUCUUCACCAGUUCUUCCAGGGUUCCAGGGUCCCAAGUUCGUGCCUGGCAGAACCCGCCGGAUAGGGGCUGACCGUUCAGUCCUAGCACCAGGCCCGCGCCACUGACUAUACGGCCAUACUCCACUCUCCACCAGGCUGCCAAGGGAAACAUCAAGAGAAUCCAGGCAUUUGCCGGACUAUCAACUGUGAUGGGCUCUCCUGCUCCAUGACUUUUUAAACCGCGGCCUCGUCCCUCUGAAUCAAUCAAGGCCAGGGUCGCUCUCAGUCUCUCCUUGACUCAAUCACUCCCUCAGUCCCUCCUUCGCAUACACUCUUUCCAAUAUGCUUUUCCCCAGGCUCCUCAGCCUCAUCGCCUCGUCGGCCGCCCUCACUCAGGCCGUCAAACUCACCGGCUACGAAUAUGUCGUUGUCGGUUCCGGCGCCGGUGGCGGUCCCCUCGCCGCCCGUCUCGCUCUCGCUGGCCACAAGACCCUGCUCAUAGAGGCUGGUGACGACCAGGGCACCAACCAGAACUACACCAUCCCCGCCUACUCGGCCAAGUCUUCCGAGGACGAGCAUAUGGCCUGGAACUUUUUCGUCAGGCACUACGCCGACGAUGAGAGGCAGAAGAAGGACUUCAAGCUCGCCUACACCACUCCCGACGGUGGCGAGUACGUUGGUCUGGACCCUCCCGAGGGCUCUGAGAUCAAGGGUAUGCUCUACCCCCGCACGGGUACUCUGGGUGGUUGCACGGCCCACAAUGCCUUGAUCGCCGUCUACCCCGAUCAGUCCGAUUUCGACUACAUUGCCACUCUCACUGGCGAUGGAUCGUGGUCUGCCGACAAGAUGCGCAAGUACUACCAGAAGAUGGAGAAGAACCAGUACCUUCUCCCCGGCGCCGAGGGCCACGGUUACGACGGCUGGCUCGGCACGGAGACGGCCCCUCUCAGCAUUGUCCUCGAGGACCCCAUGCUCCUUGAACUGCUUCUCGGUGGUGCCAACGCUCUUGGCAACGAGACCAACGCUCUCUUCAACGUGGGCUCUUUGCUUGCCGGCGAUGCCAACGCCGACACCAAGGAGCGCGACACCAAGCCCGGCUUCUACCAGAUUCCUCUGUCCACUGAUGACCACAAGCGUAACGGUGCCCGCGAGUUCAUCCUCGCCGUGGAGGGUGCUAAGAACCUCGACGGCUCCAAGAAGUACCCGCUCGAUCUCCGCAUGAACUGCCACGUCACCAAGGUCACUUUCGAUGAGUCUACUAACCCGCCCACUGCCAACGGUGUCGAGUUCCUCGACGGCAAGCACCUCUACCGCGCCAGCCCUCUGUCCAAGAACUCCGAGAAGGGUACUCCAGGCAGCGCUUUGGCUUCUCGCGAGGUCAUCGUCGCCGGUGGCACUUACAACUCCCCGCAGCUCCUCAAGCUCAGCGGUGUUGGCCCGGCCGAGGAGCUUGAGCGUUUCAACAUCUCUGUGAUCAAGGAUCUUCCCGGUGUCGGCACCAACCUUCAGGACCACUACGAAAUCUCCGUCCAGGCCCGCACUCCCCACGACUUUGCUGCUUUCGACGGUUGCACCUUCAGCCUCGACACCGACGAGGACCCGUGUGUUGACCGCUGGGAGAACGACAUUCUUGGCAACCGCGGCAUCUACUCUUCCAGUGGUCUUGCAGCGACCAUGUUCUACAAGAGCAGCGUCAACGCCGACAACAACUUCGACUCGUUCGUCUUCGGCGGCCCGGUCAACUUCCGCGGCUACUUCCCUCACUACAGCUACAACGCCACGGUCGAGCACGACUGGUUCAGCUGGGCCAUCCUGAAGGCGCACCCCCGCAACACGGCCGGUAGCGUCACCCUCGCCUCCGCUGACCCGCUCGAUAUGCCCGACAUUGUGUACAACUACUUCGACACGGGCAGCGGCGACUACAAGCAGGACCUGCAGACCAUGUACGAGGCCAUUAACCUGGCCCGCGACGCCUUCGACCGCCAGCUCGUUAACGUCACCGAGGUCCUGCCCGGCCCCGACGUCCAGACCAAGGAGCAGAUUGACGACUACGUCAUGAACAACGCGUGGGGCCACCACUGCUCGUCGACGUGCCCCAUUGGCGCCGACGACGACGACAUGGCCGUCCUGGACUCGAGCUUCCGCGUGCGCGGCGUCAAGGGCCUGCGUGUCGUCGACGCGUCGGUCUACCCCCGCAUCCCCGGCACUUUCACGGCUGUUUCCACUUACAUGGUUGCUGAGAAGGCGGCUGAUGUCAUGCUCCAGGAGCUCGAGAAUGAGGGUAGCUCGUAAUGUUAAUUUCUAAUCAUGACGGAAUGGUUUGGUGGUCGUUUCUUGUUGAGGAAGGUUUAGAUGAGGGUAGAUGAUGGCUGUGCAGAUUUACGUAAUAGAUUUAGACAGGACACUCGUAUUGUUAAUACCAUUGUUAUGGCC